CAUACGCUGGCACUUAACAUUGUGCACAGACAGCGAUAUCUUCUUGCACCAUCAAGUGACUAAAUGAUGUAACAGUUUGACCUGUCCAAUUACUUAAACAUAGAACUACUAAGGAAAUAUUCAUAAAGUGCAUCCAGAUAAGAUGGGGCUUCUUGAUCUUAUUGAACCGAUAUUUCGAGACUGGCAAACUAUAGUGGUAGCGGCAGUCAUUUUGUUUGUCGUUUACUAUUUCUGGAUAUCUCCGUAUCAGGCGUUAAAAGCUUGCUACCACACUGGACCAACUCCACUUCCUUUCAUCGGACAUCUUCACGACCUCAUCAGGCACAAGGGAAAGUUCCACCUUCAACUUGACGAGUAUUACAAGAAAUAUGGCAACGUGUUCGUCUUGUCGUCAAUGUUUACCAGCAAACCUUGCUUUGUGAUCAGUGACCCAGAAAUGAUCAAAGACAUUUUCGUUAAAGAGUUCGAGUCUUUCUCCGAUCGCCCUGUAAGUCUGACGUUAUGAUUAAGAAGAAGGCCAUACUAUAGAUAGAAGUUUGACAAAUGUUUCCUUUCUUGCUCACCAGUGAUUGGCGCGUUUGAAUCUAUUGUUAUUAUAUUUGCGCCUGAUAAAUAGAUUUUAAUGAUAUUAUUAUUAUAAUAUUAUUACUAUUGUUGUUAUUAUUAUUAUUAAUGUAAUAUAUGAGCAAUUGAUAAAGGUAAAGACAUCUGUAGAUAUAAGUUUUAGUGAAAGAGUAUUGAGUGUUCACAGGCCCCUAUUUUUCUGUGAGACUGUCGAGAUACUACGCAUCUUACCGUAAAUGGUGGCCAUCUUGAUUUUCAAAUGUACCAAAGGGGCCGGUGUUGGGGAUUAUAGCUCUAGGUGGAGGGGGGCGAGAAAAAUAGAGGGACUGUACCAACAUCACUGCGACUUGCGUUCACAGAGUGCAUUGUACCAACAACGCAGGCAUUUGAUUGGUCAAUAAACAAUAGAUGUUAAUUUGCAUUGACAACAGGAUUAGCUGAAAGUUGCCGACACUGACAAGUUGUUGACAAGUUGUUGUUUCUAUAAAGCGCUUUCAUGAUAACUGUUCACCUAACUUUUGUUUUAUUUUGGGUCUUCAUAAUUUUGGGCCAAUGAAACUGGGAAAGGAAUUUAUUUCCGACUGGCAUGAUGUAGGGCAGACUCUUUUGGACAUUUCAUAGAAAUUUCAUAGAGAAGGGAUUACAUAAAACCGUUUGUUCGCAAGUAUUGUUUUCAAAACUGGAUGCUUUUGCAUAUUCGCAAGGCACUUAAACAGAUGAAGAAUUUUUGGACAGUUCUUUGAAGAUCAAUCACGUAAGCCAGCAUGAUUUUGAUGUAGCCUCUGUGGGGGGAAUUUUGUUAAUUCCAGAAGUCUGGGGAGUUUUGAAUGAAACAGCACAGUUUUUGCCACGAAGACACAGAAAGACAACCAGUGUCAGAAAUUUCUGGCUCUUUAUACAGAGGUUUAAUCAUUUAAUCAUGUGUCGAAGAGAGCAUGCUUGCCGCUUAGUUUGGGAAAAUGUUUCAGCUGUGCAUAUUGGCCUAUAUUAUUAAUGUGGAAAAAUCUCCUUUUAACUGCAUAAUAAUCAUUGUUUCGAAAGGAGAUGUUUGUAAGAGCACAAAGCUGAUGCUAAAUGUGUCUGGCUUGUUUUUCAUCGCAAGCGGAGUUUGUUUAUCAAUUAAUGAAUAUUAAAGACAUGAAAGUCCUGUCAUGCCCCCUGAACGCAAGUCGCAGUGAUGUUGGUACAGUCCCUCUAUUUUUCUCGCCUCCUUUCAAACCGUCCCGUGCUUCAUAAGUAGAUUUGACACUCAUCUAAGAUGGCCGCCCAUGUAAAAGCAAAGUCUUCAAUCUCGACUCUCUUAUGGAAUAAUGGGGUACUGUGAAAAUUCUAGUUCAUAUCAAGCAUUUUUUAGUGGCUUGGUGCUUGGUGGUUCAGGGGCUGUUUAUUUGAAAAUUUAAAGAACAAGAAAGUUGCAUGUUUUAAUGGCUCAGCCAUUUGGUGGAUCAUCAAAUGGAACUGUUGAGUUAUGGAGCAUCUAAUUAUAAAGUUGCAGACAGUGCUGUGGCUGAAAGUAAACAUAAUGUAGGUUCGGCUAACUUCCUGUCUUUUAUGUGUCUUUGGUGGUGUCAAAGAAGCCAGCGUGGAUUGCAGCUACAGCUACUGUACUAGCGUGUCGUUAGGUUAAUUUUAGUCCUGGCCUGGCAAACGAGAAGUAGGUACGCAAUUUUUGAACAUAUCAUCCAGAUGUCUGCCAGUUUCCCCUUUUAGGUGCAUUUGUGGUACUCAACACCUUGCUGGGCCCCUUGUUCGCUCAAUAUCCACUCAGUACAGGUUUCCCUGUUAUAAGACAUUUUUUAAACUGUUUAAAUUAACUUUGCUUUUGUUAUUGUAGAACAUUGUGAAACAACCAGAACCAUUAGCCAGUAUGUUGACAAUUGCUGAGAAGGAUAAGUGGAAACGUAUUCAUAACACCUUGACUCCAGCUUUCAGUGCUUUAAAGAUGAAACAGAUGAUACCACUGAUGAAUGCCUGCUGUGAUAAUCUGAUCAAGAAACUCAGUGGGGUAGCUGAUAAGGAGCAAAGUGUUAACAUUUCUAAGUGAGUCUGUUACGUAAGAUUUUCAUUCUAUUCACUCCUCACUUACCAUUCCUACUGCCCUUGUAAACCUAGAUCCCUUAAUUGUGUCACUUGUGAGUUCAUCAAUUUAAUUGUAAAUUAUAGACAACUUUGACACCAACCGGGGUCACUUGAAUGAGCCGGAGGAAGAGAUCUUUCAAAUCAUACCCAUAUGAGCACAAUUAAGUCAAACAGGCCAGAGCCUUAUAAGUUCAUCAGAAAAUCUUGUUUCACUUACCCAUCCGGCCUGGUUCCUGAGAGGUCGAUUAGUGCUAAUCCAGGAUUAAACUUUUGUGUUUUGUAUUUUACUUUCCUAUGUAUUGCUGAGGGUAAAAUUUUGUGAUGUUAUUAUUACUGUUUCUUGGAGUAAAGGCUCAACAGUAUUUUGUUUGAGAGUGAAGAAUGAUCAUCGCAGUAAAUUUUCCAAUUUAAGCAAUUGGAAAGAAGAAGCCUGAAAAUUUACUGCGAUGAUCAUUCUUCACUUUCAUCUACAACCGCAGUUCAAAAAGAAUUAUUUCAUAUACUUCACAUCAGUAUUUUGUUUAAAGCUCAAGUUGCAUGUUCUUAGACAAGAAAACCUUUCUUAAAAUUAAUUUUGGCUUAAUCCUGGGUUAAACUUAACAGUCUUUGGAGCAACUUGGCCCUGUACUAAAUCCUUCAGAAUAAUUUCACCAUCAUCAUGAAAUCCCACGAUUAAAGCUCAGCUUAGGUAAAGAGAUUAAAAAGGAGCCAAGAAAAGUGAAAGGAGCAGGGAGGAGGAAAAGCAUAUAGUAAAAGUUGAGGAAAAGGGUCACUUUUUGAAGCCUCAAACAAAGAUCUUGUUAAUUUUGCCUUGAGCACACCCAAACUAUGAAAGCUUUCAUUCAGAAUCAUAAACUAAAGCCACAGCAAAUAUAUGAAAAAGUAUGAUUAGAGCUCUGUGUUCAAUUGAAUGUCUAGUUUUGGACUUAGUCCACUUAUCAACACUAUGGAUGACAUAUGAACAGUGAUUUUGUUACAAAUAGUUAUGGUGAGUCCUGGGACUCAUCUUGUGAAAAUUCAUGAGUCCCUAUCCAUAACCAAUGAGUCCCACUUCAAAGUAAAGACUAUUUAAAAAACACUAUAAAUAAAUAUGCAUGAUCUUUAAACAACAGCCACAGAAAUUGCACAAACAGGAUAUUCUACCAAAAAAUCGUCAAAUUUAUCAAUUGUUUUUUGCAUAAGGGACACAGGAUGUAGAGGUAUUAAACAAAAUCAGUGUAUGAACCAUAGGAGAGAUGUCUGUUAUAGUCAAAGUAGGGAUUGUAUGAAAGCCCAGAGCUACAUGUUAUAAGGGGUUCAGGUCAUAUUGCUGCAGUGGUUGUGUGAGGGAGUUUUAUUGCAAGCCAAAUAAAUUUACUUCCCAUUUUUGUUCUCACAGAUAUCAACAAUCCCUUACAAUGGAUGUCAUUGUCUCGGCUGCGUUUGGAUUUGAAGUUGACUCACAGUCAAAUCCUGAUGAACCUAUUUUGAGUGCAGUUCGGCAGGCCACACAGCAGGGUGGUUUUCGACGGAUUUUGUUAACAAUUAUAUCCAUAUUUCCAUUUGGAAUGAAAAUCAUGGAAUUGGUGCCAAGCUUGUGGAUGGCAAAUCUAAAGCCCCUGCUUAACAUAUCAGAAGAAAUUGUUCAGCUCAAGAGGGGUGGUCAAGGAAACUCUCCUAGAAAGGUAAUAUUAGGAGUUUAAGAUAGCGCAAUGGCAAUGGCCAAAAAAUGUCGCUUAGAAAGUGAAGUUGGGUUCUUAAUCUCUAUCAAAAAUAUCCAAGUUGCUUACAGGUACUUUGUCAAAUGCAAGCGAACUAUCCUGGAGCCAAAUUCCUUACAUUCAUAUCAAAGUUCAGAAAGAGAAAGAAAGUUUCGUCGUCACUCGUUCAUGUCCUCCAUAAAACAUGAAACUAGGCAUUUUCACCUCAUGGUCAUGCGGCAGUGGUACAUAAUGUACAUAAAAGCAUGAUGCACAUGCAGAGUUGUUGUUUUGCCUAUUCAACCUAUUACUUUUUUGGCGUUCUCAUUGCCAUCGCCAUUGUUGCAUCUUUAACUCCCUAUAUACAGUUAGCGGUAUGUUAACAAAAAACCUCUCCCUAAGACAGAUUAGGAUUGACACUGGCUGUCCAUCAUAGAGAGGUGUCUGCCUUAUUGGAGGAAAGUAGAAGCGGGGUCCAAACCUUACGCCUCCUAUAGAUACCUUUCAUUGUGGGUUCUCCCCCCCCCCGCCCGCUUUCCAUUAUUUCCCUUUAUUUCUCCCACUUGUGGCUCCUAAUUUAGCACUCCUCCCUCCCUCUCUCCUUUCUCCCUUCUUGUGCCCCUCCUGACCCCUAUUCUCCCAGGCUCCUAACUGCUUUCCCUCCCCCUCUUAUAGUGAAUCAAAGAAAGGCCAAGAGAGCAAUUGGAAUUAACUCUAGGGGUCGGUUAUUUAAACAGAGUUUACAGUGCAGUUGUUGUUAACAAAACUUUGAUUUCCAGUUAUUCAUUGUGUAGCAGCAUCAGCACUUGUGCUGGAGAGAACCAUGAAACUAUAAGAAGACUAAAUGACUCACAGACUCCACAAGGGGCAAGGGUUUAAUUGUGCCAACUCUUACUGCGAUCCCCUGCAGUAAAGGAGUUUCUUGAGGUGGUUUCCUGUCGAAUUUCUGUAACCCUGGGAAAAAAAAAAACCUUGCGUGUGUUCCUAUAAUUAUUUAAGCUAAGGCCAUGUGAGGGCUAGCAGAAAAUCAUUGUGAUGUAAAUGCGGUUACAACAGAGAAAAUAGCCAAAGAUACUAUUUGGGUGCCAUUACACAAUGUAAACACUACUGUUGGGGUUUCAGGUAUAAGUGUUAGAUCUUGGUGACACUGUGCGUAUACUUAGAAUUUAAAAAUGGGGAACUGGGACAAAAAGGGACUGUCAAUGACUAUAAUGACCAAUACUUUCAUUGCAUUUGAUAGGACAUGCUUGAUCUUAUGUUGGCUGCAGCAGAUGACACCACUGUCCCAGAGUCAAAGAAGCUCUCUGAUAAUGAGAUCAUUGCACAAAGCAUGGUGUUUCUGUUUGCUGGCCAUGAAACAACCAGCACCGUCUUGAGUUUUGCAUGUUACCACUUGGCUGACAGUCCUGAGGUUCAGGAAAAACUGCAGCAGGAAAUUGACAGUGUGUGGUCUGAUGAUAGCCAAAUGUUGUCUUACGAGACCAUUCACCAGCUACCAUAUCUGGACAUGGUCAUAUCAGAGACCCUAAGGCUGUAUCCACCAGGUAAGCGGAAUUUAGCAGAGUUAGAGUCAGGGUUAGUCUGUUUACACAUUAUUGACUUCUAUAGCCUGCAAGCUGACUCUGUAAAUUGUAAUUUGUAAUUGUGAUUUGUAGUUAUUUGUUUACCCAGGGAGCACUUAGGAGUUCAUGAGAACUCGUUGAAACGUCUGCUUGCAUUCCAGAUCGAAUUGGAAUUUGCAAGUGUUGGUUUUUAAGGAGAGGGGAAAACUGGAGAACCCAGAGAAAAGCCUCUUGGAACAAGGGAGAGAAACUAACCCCACAUAUGGCUUUAAUGCUGGGAUUUGAACCCGGGCCACAGUGGUGGAAGCCGAGUGCUCUCACCACUGCGCCAACCUUGCUCCUUGGUGGGGAAGUGGGAGCUCUGGUGCUCUCCCUCUCUUCUUCUCCACUUCUCCCAGAGCUCCCUUGAGAACUUUCUCACAUGCUUUGAGUUCUAAGCAUGAUCAUUUCCCACACCCCCUUCCCUCAGGAAUUUAACCACCAUCGAUAAAUGGUUGAGCAUUUCACUGGGUCAGAAGAGCGAGUCAGAUCCUGAAACAAAUGGCAUGUCACCGAUUUUUGCCCUUUUGUUCCUAGGCCGUAAACGUCAUAAUACUUAAGUGUGGAUAAUGGAAAAAUAAUGGUCAUGGCAUGAAAUAACUACGAUUGCCCCGGUGUUUUUGUUUAAUUGCACAGUACUAGAGGUAGAUUAUAGUCACUGCAAAGUAAAUUAUGCUAUUGAUUAAUUUUGAUAGUGAUCGCUGCAGUGGUGAUGGUGAUGAUGAUGGGCAUGUUGAUGAUGACAACCAUGAUCAGUGGUGGUAUUGGUGAUGGUGAUGAUGAUAAUGAUGGCAUGAUGCCUACGUUCAUUGAUGAUCAAUGUUGAUUGUGGUAAUUAUGGUGAUGGUGGUGAGGGUGAUAGCAAUAGUAAUCAAUUAUGGUUGUGGUGUUGAUGAUGAUGAUGACGACGAGGAUGAUGAUGAUGAUGAUGAUGAUGAUGAUUGUGGUGUUGGUGACGAUGUCAUCGUCAACGUAAAUGGGGACUUCCUCGUGAUAUCUCGUUCGAAUACUAAAGAAGGAAAGGUAGCUUCACGUGUCCUGUCUUACAACAAACAUCUUUCUUUUUUACAUUGCAGGAUUUCUAAUCAUCCGAAACUGCACCAAAGAUUGCAUCCUCAAGGGCGUUAAGAUACCAAAAGAUAUAGCUGUAAUGAUUCCAGUUUACAGUAUCCACAGAGAUCCAUCCAUUUAUGCAGACCCAGACAAGUUUGACCCAGAACGCUUUGCAAAGGAAGAGUCACGCAAUCCUUACUCUUUCAUGCCAUUUGGAAACGGUCCGCAUAACUGUAUUGGGUUGCGGUUUGCGAUGAUAGAAAUGAAGCUGGUGUUGGCCCGAAUUUUGAGGAAAUAUCGCUUAGAAGUAGCUCCAGAUACGAAGCAACCCCCUGAAGUUAUCGUCAAAUCCACUUUAACUUGUUUGGACAUCCAUCUUCGCGUAACCUCACGUACAAAGACUGCUUAAACCAUUUUGAAUUAAAUUUAAACAUAGAAAUAUGACUGUAACUGAAAAGUAUUAGAAUAGUACUGGUUAUUGAGAAAAAGGUGAAGAAAUAGCCACCGCAUUAUCGCGGUGAGUAUUGGACAUGUGUUUGAGAAACAUCCACUUUAACUUGUGUA